AUGGCCGAUACCACCUCGCACGACACAAUCGGCGCGUCCACGCUGGCCACCCCCCUUUUCAUGCCCUCAUCUCCCCCUGGCCCGAAUCACGACCUGCUAGGCUCCCCCGAGCGAUCCCAAACCCCCGCGUCCGAACAUCCCGCCGACGAAUCGCGGUUGCGGAACCGCCCUUCGCCGGGGUCGUCCAGAGCGUCGUCCCCCGACCGCGCGCUGAGAGAGCUGGAAGCCCGUCUGGCGGAAUACACGAUGGAUUUCAGCCAGUUUCCCAGUGGCCAACAGGAUUUCGAUGAGGAUCUCCCAGAUGAACCCCAAUUGCCGCAUGAAGAAGAUCGAUUGUCGGACGUCGCCGGGCCGGAGGACUUUACGGCAAACCUAGAGAGAUAUCUCAUGGGCGAAGACGACACGGAUAUCUUUGAUCAUAAAGAAAUGGAUAAGAUCCAGUUAUCAGAGCCGCAUAAUGACAGGGAAGGACAUGAGGAAGUACAGUUUGCACCAGAGGAAGGAGUGAAACAACAGACCCAGCCUCCGACCCAGCCACAGGACCAAACGCACGCGCAGGAAGAACAGCAGCAGCAGAGCUCCCAACUCCAUCAACCCGCGAUCGAAGAUGAACCGGAACUGGGCGAAUAUAGCGAAUUCGGCCCCCCUGUCGAUAUGUCCACCCCGUCCCAUUUACUCCGCAGACCCAGUGGUUUGGCUAAAGAUGUGACGCAUCUCGCGAAUAUUGAAGAAGAUCCGGAUGACGACUUAGAGCCGGCGGCGACUCCGUCGGUUCGGAAGCAACGGACCCCGUCGAUUAAAGGGGGAAAGGAUACAGAAGGGGAUUUACGUCGACAGAUUGGCGAUCUACAACGGGCGCUUCGAGACCGGGAUGAGCAAUUGGAGAGAAACCAUCGGCGGGUCCUGGAAGCCGCUUCGGCCGGAGAACAGAUCAAACAUUUGCAGGCGGAACUUCAACGGAAGACGACCCUGCUAGACGAGCUGCAUGCUAAGCGUGGCGACGAGACGCUUCUACGUGAACAGAUUCAGCUGCUACAGAAGCAAAAUGAGGAGAGAGAAUCAUUUCUACAAAGGUCGUCGAUCAGCUCGACGGAGCUCAGCGCUCUCCAGAAACAAAUCGGGGACAUGCACAAGGAAAUGCAAAAUCGCUAUUCUUUUACGGAUUUGGAGAGUGAGAGGCUGGAAACGAUUACGCACCUGCGCCAGCAGUUAACCAUGACUCAGGAGCAAGUGAAAAAACGGGACUCUGCCCUGGACGAAACCUUGGAGAAACUGCAAGAACUCACGACCGUAAAGGAGCAACAACUGCGCGAGAACAAUACCAUGGUUGAUGGACUCCGAGCGCAAAUCGACGACCAUGUACUGGAGAUCGAGAGGCUUGAGACCGACCUGGAGCGCGCGAACCACGCGUACCACACUCUAGAGGACCGAAUCUCUUCGUUGGAGACCAGGAACCGCCCAUUGGAAGAGAAGAACAGUACCCUUGAAGCUGACCUGGAGCGCGCACAGUCGCAGAUGACGGCCCAAGAGAAUGCUCUCAAGGCCAUGGCCGCGGACCUCCCCGUUGAGUCGGGUGGAAACACCUACACCGAGAUAUUGGAGCUGAUCAAAGAUCUGGGCCAGCCCACCACGACACGCCCUGCCGAUGUCCUCAUGAAGGAGAAAGGUCCGGUCGAUCCAGAACUGGAACUGCUCCGUGAGGAAAUCACCAAACUCCACGCCGAAUUAAAGGAUGCCUCAUCCGUCCGGAAGGCCAUGGAAAUCCAAGCAACACGGUCCCAGGAACAAACCACCGAAGCGCAUACUCUGAUCAACUCCAUCGAGAGCGAAAACACCCGUCUGAGCCGACGUGCCGAAGACCUGAAAUCCAACCUCGACAAGGCCAAUCGCGAACUAGCCCAAGUCAAGGAUGCACACUCCGAGACACUCGUCACCAUCCAGCAUCUCCAGGAGGAAAAGAAAAAGCAACAACCCAGCCCGCCUCCAUCACCUCCAUUCCAACGGCAAAAAGAAUCUGCCCUCGAGGAGACUCACCAGGCGCAGCUGAAAAGUCUCCAAACGGCCCAUGCCACCGCCAUCUCCACCCUCCGCACAUCCCACGCCGACUCCACCCGCAAAUUGCGAGACCUUCUCUCUGCCGCCGAGAAGCGAGAAUCCAAUCUCCAGGCUGAUCUCCAGUCCUUGCGCACCUCUCGCUCCAACCAAGGCAAAGACCUGCAAUCUCUACGCGCCGAGAUCGAACGCCUCGAGUCCGUUAUCGCCGUCAAAGACGAAACAGCUGCGGCGGUGGAUCAACGCAUUGCGCGGUCUGUCGAGAAGCGCGAAAAGGAAUGGGAGCGUCGCGUGGAUCUCCUACUCAAGGAACGAGAGCGAAUGAGCCGAGCUCUUAUGUGGUCUUGGGGCGAGAAGGAAGUCAAAGAGCCCAAGGAGCCGCCACUUGAUGAACAGGGUCGACGCAAGCAGGGCUACAAGUAUAAACAUGCGCAGAAGAGUGGCAGUGCGAAGAAAGCAUGA